AUGGCUACUGUUCUAGUGCGGCAAUUCCUCCUGAAAGUUCAGUUGCCGCGGCCGGUGAUAACUAUCAGCAAACAGCUCUACUCUAGCCUGUACUACCAACCCGCACGAUUCUCGCAUCCCCCCAGCACCAUCCUUGCAGCCUGUCAACCAACUCGAAUCAACUUGUUCAACCGACCUUUUAUGGCUUCAGCCAGCUCCCAUGAGAAGUCAACAUCGAUUGCCAUGAAUUGGGACGAUCUCUCCGACGAGCGCAAAAUCCAGUUGAUAUUGAACUCUGGCUCGAGCGAAGAAAAAUGGGGCUGGGUCAUCUACCGAUGCAGCUACAAGCCGGAGCUCCAGAGUACCUGGGAAAACUUUAAGCGUGUUGUCGAUGAGAGGACACGCAAGGAAAUCGCCGAAUCAGACGCUCCCGACAUUGCCGACAAGCUAGACUGGGUCUUUGUCGAGGACCCCGAGCUCGAAGGCGCCUCGUUGGAUGAACUGAAGCGCAGAUUUAGGGAGUGGGCACGUUUUGAAGUCCAAGGAAGGUAUGAUAUAGAUACUACUUCCUAUAACCGCGGCUCGAGGUACGGGUACUUUAUCCAAGUAGAUGAAGCCGCUCUGCUGAGCUUGGUUGACGGUUUGUCAUAUGGGCAUGUGAAUAUUGUCCGGGGAUGGGUGGAUUCGCUGCCGCCUGAAGAGGCGACGGAUGAGUUUGGUGAUGCCAUCGACAUUGAGGACUGGAUGAAGAUUCGGGCAAGCAUGGUUGCGCCCUAUUUUUAUAUCGACCUGGAUGGCGAGGAAGAUUGGUAUGCGCAUUAUACUCCACCGCCACAUGGCUUGUGUAUAUGGUAG